AUGAGCAUCCAUAGAUGUAAUGUAGAGUCAGUUCAAGUCAUUAAAAAAAUAGGAUAUCAGCCAGUGUCAAUGAAUAGCAUGCCUGUUUUACAUAGACCUGUGAUGCAAAAAUGCAUACUUCCUACUUUACCUAAUGCAAUGGCUUUGUCAGGUUGUGCAGCGUUUUAUUUACCAGGAGUGGCGCCUCACGAUUAUGAAAAGUCCGAGCUUGUUCCUUUAAGUGUAAAUACACUAACACCCUCUUACCAUCAGCAGCAGCAGCAGCAACAACAACAACAACAAAAGAUAGAAUCUGUUAUUUCAUUUGAUUACUAUUACGAGCAGUUUCACUUUUGCCAACCCCCUCAUCCUUCCCAACAGCCAGAAAACCUAGGUUCUAUCCUGCUAGGCGAUCGCAUCUUCAACUCACCUUUUGAACUCAAAAUGCAAAUCGAUGAACAAUGUAAAGUAUUGUGUACAACCCCAGUCAUUCCAAAAGAGGAUGCUAUCUUUAUCAACGAACGCAUCAAAGAAGGGUAUCACCUGAAUUGGGUGGUGGAUGGAUUACCAGCCGCGAACGAAGCCAUGGAUAGUCAAACUGGUGAACCCUAUUACAAAAUCGGUUUUCCGUUGGGCUCAAUCACAGAGGAUAAGCCUUUUCUGAACAAUCACUAUCACAUCAAAAUUUAUUAUCAUAGGACCCAGAAAAAAGGCUUAGCGAGGGUAGUAGGUUUUGUAGUGAAUCCUUCGAGUAUCGCUGAUAACGAUAUCAAUGGAAAUGCUUGUCGACAACAUUAUCAGCAACCACAAUCCCCCUUUUAUUUGAGGGAAGAUGGAGAAACGACGAUCCGUUAUACUUAUACAGUGGAAUGGGUUCCUUCGGAUACAGUGUGGGCUACACGCUGGGAUGGUUGUCUACAUGUUUCGGAUCCUUCCAUUCAUUGGUUUUCACUUAUCAACUCGACAGUGGUGGUGCUCUUUUUGACCGGCUUGAUGGCUGCCAUUCUACGAAGGGCGCUUCAUAAGGAUAUUUCUCGGUACAAUAGAGCAGCUUCUUAUUUUCAUUCAGACGACGACAACAAUAACACAUCCCUUUUGGCGGACGAAGCACACACGAUGGAAAUGGCGCAAGAAGAUUACGGCUGGAAAUUAGUCCACGGAGAUAUCUUUCGCUGUCCUUCACAGCGCCCUAUGCUUUUAUCCGUAUUGGUAGGAAAUGGGGUACAGCUGAUGGUCAUGACCGCUGUUACCUUGGUCUUUGCCGUGUUGGGUUUUUUGAGUCCUUCCAAUCGCGGCUCGUUGGCAACCAUGAUGCUGUUAUUCUUUAUGGUUUUUAGCUGCUUGGCAGGCUUCACUUCAGCAAGAAUCUACAAGAUGAAUGGAGGAGAAGCAUGGAAAACAAAUAUGAUAAUGACAGCCACCUUAUUACCCGGUGUCUUGGUAAGUGGAUUGGUCGGACUCAAUUUCAUAUUGAUUUAUUCCAAUGCCUCUGGCGCCAUUCCUUUCGGGACAAUGCUCACGGUCGCAUGUCUUUACCUACUUAUCUCCUUUCCGCUUUCUAUCUUUGGCUCCUACGUCGGAUUUGUUCGCUUACCCGCUAUUGAACACCCUGUCCGUACAAACCAGAUCCCUCGUCAGAUUCCUGAGGAACAGCAACCACUGUUUCUGAGAAAAUGGCCCAGUAUUUUUAUGGGAGGCCUCUUACCGUUCGGCGCUAUCUUUAUUGAGCUGUACUUUAUCAUGAACUCCAUCUGGUUUCAUCGCAUUUAUUACGGCAUUGGCUUUCUCUUCUUGGUGUUUGCUUUAUUGAUCUUGACCUGUGCACACAUCAGCGCCCUGAUGUGUUACUUCCAUAUCUGCCAAGAGGAUUAUCGAUGGUCAUGGCGAGCAUUUCUUACAGCAGGGGCAACGGGUUUUUAUGUCUAUGCUUAUUCCUUCUUGUAUUACUUUACCAAACUCAAUAUCACUACUAUUACGAGCACUAUACUCUAUUUCGGAUAUUCAUCUAUGAUUAGUUUGGUUAUCUUUGUCAUGACAGGAUCCGUCGGCUAUCUUACAUGUUUAUUGUUUCUCAGAAAAAUAUUUGGUAGUGUCAAAGUAGACUAA